AUGGCCCGCGGCGCGGGCUACCGUAGUCGCUUGCCGAGGGGCACAAUGCCUCUUCAGCUUGUCCGCCGUGCCUCGGUGAUUUCUGAUGAUUCUGCUGCUGGAUCGGCCGUCACUGACCCCACAAAGGUCAUCCCACUGACCACACCUUACGCCAGGCUUACAGUCGGCACGCCGCGAGAAAUCUUUCCUAACGAACAUCGUGUCGCAUUGACGCCACAGAAUGUCUCCAUGCUUAUCAAGAAAGGCUUUGGCACCGUGCUCAUUGAGCGUGGUGCUGGUGCCGACGCCGGUUUUCUCGACUCUGCCUACGAAAAGGCCGGUGCUACGCUGGUCAAUGACGCUGCUGGUGUUUGGCAGGGCGCUGAUAUUGUGCUCAAGGUUCGCGGACCAAGUCUCGCAGAGGCUGCUGAUGCCCGGCCUGGCCAAACCUUGAUAUCCUUCGUACAGCCUGUCCAGAACACGGAAAUUGUGGAAGCCUUGGCUGCUCGCAAUGUCACCACCUUUGCUAUGGAUAUGAUACCUCGCAUCUCAAGGGCGCAGUCAUUCGAUGCCCUCAGCUCUAUGGCCAAUAUUGCCGGGUACAAGGCUGUUUUGGAGGCUUCAAACCACUUUGGCCGCUUUCUCACUGGUCAGGUUACGGCUGCAGGCAAGAUCCCACCUAGCAAGGUCCUGGUCAUUGGAGCUGGUGUUGCCGGCCUGAGUGCCAUUGUCACGGCUCGCCGCAUGGGUGCCAUCGUUCGUGGCUUUGAUACCCGGUCUGCCACUCGCGAGCAGGUACAAUCUCUCGGCGCAGAGUUCAUCGAGGUCGAAGGGAUCGAAGAGGAUGGCUCUGGAGCUGGUGGCUACGCAAAAGAGGUGUCCAAGGCCUUCCACGAUGCCGAGAUGAAAUUGUUUUCCGAACAAGCCAAGGAUGUUGACAUCAUAAUCACCACUGCCCUGAUUCCUGGAAUGCCCGCCCCCAAGUUGUUGCCUACGCAUAUCGUCGACAUGAUGAAGCCCGGGUCCGUCAUCGUGGAUUUGGCUGCUGAGGCCGGCGGCAAUUGCGAGAAGACCAUUCCAGGAAAGCUCUCGGUAUACAACGGCACCACCAUCAUUGGCUAUUCAGAUAUGCCUUCACGUCUGCCCACGCAGUCAUCAACGCUUUACUCGAACAAUAUCACCAAGUUUAUGCUGUCAAUGGCCCCUGUCGAGAAGGAGUUCGGUAUUGAUCUGACCGAUGAGGUCGUCCGUGGUGCCAUUGUCACCCAGAACGGCAAGAUCCUGCCGCCUGCGCCACGACCAGCACCCCCUCCAGCACCACCCGCACCGAAAGAAACUGUACUUGCUGCCGAGUCCGUUGCUCUGACCCCCUUCCAGAGGACUUCACGUGAGGUUGCUCUUGUGACCGGCGGAAUGGGCACAGCAAUUGCCCUCGGAAAGCUGACAGGCCCCAUCUUCAUGAGCAACGCGUUCAUAUUUGGGCUGGCCUCAUUGGUCGGAUAUCGCGUUGUUUUGGGCGUUACACCUGCUCUGCACUCACCCUUGAUGAGUGUGACCAAUGCCAUAUCCGGCAUGGUAGGCGUCGGAGGCUUUUUCAUUCUAGGCGGCGGAUAUCUUCCCGAGACAAUUCCUCAAGCAUUUGGCGCGCUCUCAGUUCUUCUGGCCUUUGUGAACGUCUCUGGAGGCUUUGUUCUCACAAAGCGAAUGCUUGACAUGUUCAAGCGGCCUACGGAUCCGCCAGAGUACCCUUGGCUCUACGCCAUCCCGGCAGCUGUCUGCGGCGGUGGGUUUAUUGCGGCUGCUUCCACUGGUGCUGCCGGCCUCGUACAGGCUGGCUACCUUGUCAGCUCCAUCCUCUGCAUCAGCUCCAUCUCCAGCCUUGCAUCACAGGCAACAGCCCGUAUGGGCAACAUCUUGGGCAUUCUCGGUGUCAGCUCCGGAGUUCUGGCCUCAUUGCUCGCUGUGGGAUUCUCGCCUGAAGUUCUGGCACAGUUUGGAGGACUUGCCACCAUCGGCAGUAUCAUCGGCCUGCUAAUUGGCAAGCGUAUCACACCAACAGACCUGCCGCAGACUGUGGCUGCCCUGCACUCCGUUGUUGGUCUCGCUGCCGUCCUGACAAGCAUAGGCAGUGUCAUGACUGACAUCUCCGAUAUCACCACGCUUCACCUAGUCACCGGAUACCUGGGUGUGCUGAUUGGCGGCAUCACCUUUACCGGCUCUAUCGUUGCCUUUCUCAAGCUGGCUGGAAAAAUGUCUUCAAAGCCGUUAAAUCUUCUGGGGCGCCACAUCAUCAAUUCCAGUCUUCUGGCUACAAAUGCGGCAACAAUGGGCGCCUUUCUUACUAUGGCACCAGGCUCUCCUGCUAUAGCGGCGGGUGCACUGGCUGCAAACACAGUCUUGUCCUUCCUGAAGGGGUAUACCACGACGGCCGCCAUUGGCGGCGCUGAUAUGCCCGUCGUCAUUACUGUGCUGAAUGCCUACAGCGGCUUCGCCCUUGUGGCGGAAGGCUUCAUGUUGGACAACUCGCUGCUGACAUCGGUUGGAGCGCUGAUUGGCGUGUCCGGCUCCAUUCUGUCGUACGUCAUGUGUGUGGCCAUGAACCGGUCACUGGUCAACGUACUCUUUGGCGGCCUUCAAAACAUCGCGGCACCGGCUGAGGGCACUAAGGCGAUAGAAGGCUCUGUGACGAAUACAACGGUGGAGGAGACUGCAGAAUCGCUUGUCAAUUCCGAGUCUGUCAUUAUUGUUGUCGGGUACGGAAUGGCGGUGGCGAAAGCUCAAUACGCCAUCUCGGAGAUCACGCAGAUGCUGCGCUCUAAGGGGAUACAAGUCCGGUUUGCCAUCCAUCCUGUGGCUGGACGUAUGCCUGGGCAGUGCAACGUGCUUCUGGCCGAGGCGUCUGUGCCGUACGAUAUCGUGUUGGAGAUGGACGAGAUCAACGAUGACUUUUCGGACACCGAUCUGACGCUGGUCAUCGGGGCCAACGACACGGUCAACCCGGCUGCCCUCGAGCCAGGCAGUGCCAUUGCUGGCAUGCCUGUGCUUCACGCAUGGAAGAGCAAGCAAGUGAUUGUCAUGAAGCGGAGCUUGGCUAGUGGCUACGCUAUAAAAUCGGCUAUCGAGGCGCGAAUCUAG